UAUGUCAGAGAGGUCUUUAUCACCAUCAGAUUACCAUGAGUUCAAGCAUGCCAAGUCAAUCAUGGUUAUCAAAACUUCUUUUAAAAAGAGAAGAUCAAUUCGUUGUAAAGUCAAUUAGAAAUUCCAAUUGGAAUUAGAAUUAAAUAGAUGUAAUUUAUCCUGUGAAUGUACUAACUGUGGUAAACCUGUGGGGUUCCAAUUAAAGAUUCACGGGGAGUUACCCCUCAAAGAAACUCGGUACUAUUAUAUAAAUAUAUAAGUUAUUAGAAAAAGAAGAGAGUCUUGAAAAGAUUCAAGGCAAUCGGAAAUGCUAUUCUUUUCAUCCUCAUCUAUAAGUUGGAGGCAAUCAAAAAGUGGAAAAAGAAAAUGCAUAUUCUUAGAGCAGCCAGAAACCUAACUAUCAUAAGAAGACCUGCAGUUCUUCAAUCAGUUCAUUUAUUACCAAAUCUACAACCAAUGAAAUAACCCAUCAAGUACUUUUUCCUUUUUGAAAGAACGAAAUAACUAUCUAUCUCAUCAAUUUCCAUUCAAACACUCCCAUGAAUCCUCUAAAAGUUAAAUCAAUGAUUUCUCUCAUCAUGCAAUUCACACUCAACAAACUUCAAGUAAUCCAAAAGAACUACGACCUUUUGAUCCCUCUCCUGCAAGACCUAAAUCAAGACUAUUGAACGAGAACC